CUGCACAACAAGACAAAAACAAUAGAACCCAUUACAAACAAGCCAUUUUUUUUUUAGCUCUAAACCAGCGGUUCUCAAUUCCAGUCCUCGUGCACCUAGCUCAGCAUAUUUUGAAUGAAAAAGGAAGUGCAGCAGUUACUACAACCAAAGUUAGAACAGCUCAGAUACAGGAAGAGAAACGUACACAAUGGCCGCACAACCAAAGACAAAAAUACUCUACAUUUCAUUAGGUUUUUGGCUUAUUAUAGGUGUUGAAAGCUACGAUGCUUGGACAAACCAAGUAUUAACUGUUCAGACUGGAGGAUCUGUCACCAUCCCAUGUCAUUAUGACAAGAAAUACACACAGCAGAAGAAAUACUGGUUUUUAGAUAUUGUUGAAACAUACACAAACAUCUCUGAGGAGAAUAUGUCAAUAAUUGAUCAUCCUGAUCAGAGUCUCUUUACUGUGACUAUGAGAAACCUGCAGGAUGAAGACACUGGAGAUUAUCAUUGUAUUGUUGACAAUGAAGGAAUAAUGAGGAGCACAUAUGAGGUUUAUAUCAAGGUUCAAUCUGCUCCUAAUGUGUCUGUGGUGAGCAGCAGUGUCUCUGGACAUGAAGGUGGUGGUAUCAGUGUUCAGUGUCUCUACAGUUCUGGAUGUCAGAAUAAAGUCAAACAGUGGUGCAGAUAUAAAGAUCAGAGCUGUUACACAUUGGGGAGGACUGACACAUCCCAGAAUUCAUCAGUGCAGAUCAGUGAUGAUGAUGGGAGAAGAUCCUUCACUGUGCUGAUGACUGGACUGAGACGGACUGAUUCCGGCUGGUACUUCUGCUCUACUGGAGGCGUAAUGAGUCCUGUUCACAUCACUGUAACGGAGGCAGAACCAGACAAAGAGAAAGACACAGAUAAUGAAUUCCUGACUGUGUGGCUUCGAGUUUCAGCUGCGCUUCUGCUCUUACUGAUUCUGAUUAGUGUGUUCAUCUGGAGACAGAGACGGAGACCCAAGCAAGAUGAGCACCAAACCAGAGAGAGAAAAAGCAGCAAAACCACUGACACGGAUCCCGUUAAUGACAUAAUCUACUACAGUACUAUUGAUCAUGAUCCUGGGAGUGAAGCGAUGAAGUCUCCAGCAGGUGGAGCAAUAAACAGCAUAAUAUACAGCACUGUGGCUCCACACUGAGAGCAACAGUGAGAACAACACAAGAACAGACCAAGAGAAACACAAGCAACAGCAGCGGAAUGGCAUCACAACCUUUUUUUUUAUUUUUUUAUUUUUUAUUAUAUUAUUGCCGUUUAAUUUAAGUAUAAUAUUUGAAUCAGGUGUUGCUGGACACAUAAUUCGUGCUGCUGCGACUUGCAAGUGACCCCUUUAAAUUAUUUCUAGGUUAUAGUAUUGUAUGAAUAUUGUCCCACUGAUAAAUACAGUGCAAAUAGCAAAAAGUGGAAAUAAAAUUCAAUAAUAGACUAAACAGUUCCAUGAUAAUAUGUCUGUAACAUCUACCAGUCUCGUCUUUUAAGUCAAAGGGCACUAGGUAUGUGUACAUGUGACAUUUCUAAAUAAUUGCAGCUAGUGCCAAAUAAA